AUGCUUUCCAAACCGAUCAUCGUCCUGUGUGUUUUUGCUGCGACUGCUUACUCUAUCACCACUUAUGAGGAUGUUCUUGAGCAGUCAAAAAACUCGGUUCGUUGCUGGCAGCCGAAAGAUGCCAAAAAUCUGUCGGCUGGAUAUUCGAUCAGCACAGAGAAGUUCCCAUUCUGCUCCUACAUUCCAACGGCUGAUUUAAUAUCUUUCACGAUUUCCGGAGCAGGAGAAGAGGUUGAUGAAGGCGAGCGUCGCGAGCUUCUCCGCGCUUUUGGUAUGGCCGGUGACCUAUAUGGUCUGACCGCGAUUUGCUUCCAAGAGGUCAUCCAAGUGCAUCCUGCACCCAGUCCAUCACAUGUCGGCAUGAGAUGCGCUUGCAAAAGAGACGGUUGCAACGUACCUAAAGCCUUCAACGCCUUCUUGGCUUACAAUGAGGUCGCCCUUCCAAAAAUCUGA